AUGUCAAAGUCUUCUCUACCGUCUUCAUCAAGACCAAAUGAUUAUUUUGAUUUACCAGACGAAGCGAGAGCCGAUGAUCAAUAUGUAGUCGAAAAAAUUAUGGGUAAACGACGAAGUCGAAAAGGAAAAUGGGAAUAUUUACUUAAAUGGGCUGGAUUCAGUGAAGCUGAUAAUACUUGGGAAGCUAAAGAAGAUAUUCAUCCAGAUCUAGUAGCUGAAUACGAACGUACUCAUAUUGAAGUAGAUGCUUUAAAUCCAAUUUAUUCAACAUUAGGUGACGAUUCAGCAAUAAAAGCACGAACGUCACUAUCAACAUCAACUUCAUCAAAUCAUACCGAAUCACCACCAGCUAAAAAGAAAAAGAAAACUUCAAAUUCUGUUGUUUUAAACUCAUCAUCAUCAUCAACAAUAACAACUACAGCAACAGCAACAGCAACAGCACCAAUAACAACAACAACUACAAUAGCAGCCGCAAAAGAGUUACCAAAAAAAACUUUUGGCGUAGAAAAAGGCUGGCGAGUACGUGCAGUAAUUGGAGCAGCAAAACAAAAAGAUUCAUCAGUAUUAUAUGCUGUUGAUUAUGUUCAAGGUUCACCAGUAUUACGUGAAUAUGUUCCAUCAGAAAUUGCUCAUAUCUAUAUUCCACGUGAAUUAAUAGAAUUUUUUCAAAAAAAAAUCGUUUGGAAUUCACCAAAGUAA